UUUGGCCUCUGGGGACUCAGAUUCCGGGUUUCUUACGAGGCCUGGACUGCCUGUUACUUCUGUUCUUCAGGAGUAUAAAGCAGCCCUUUGUCCCGGGCACCUUCACCGCCCGGCCCCGGGUCACUUUUGAUCUCGCCGCUUUUAGGCCUUGAAGUUGGGGGUAGACUCGGUCUUCGGGCCUGAAUCACCAUGAUUCUUCAAAGGCUCUUCGGGUUGUCCUCUCUCAUUCGGUCUGCGGUCUCAGUUCAUUUGAGGAGGAACAUUGGUGUUACAGCAGUGGCAUUUAAUAAGGAACUUGAUCCUGUACAGAAACUCUUCGUGGACAAGAUUAGAGAAUACAGAACUAAACGACAGGCAUCUGGAGGACCGGUUGACACUGGCCCAGAAUACCAGCAAGACCUAGAGAGGGAACUUUUUAAGCUUAAGCAGAUGUAUGGUAAAGCAGACAUGAAUACAUUCCCGGACUUCAAAUUUGAAGAUCCUAAAUUUGAAGUCAUUGAUAAACCCCAGUCUUGAAGAAAUAAUGUAAAAUUUAUUCGAUAAUUUGUUCUAGAUUAGUUGUACAUCUGGAUCAGAAUAAACAUACAUUUCUCAACUGUCAAAUGUUCUUUUAAUUCUGAUUCCAAAUAAAUUAUUUGGUGAUGUUGGGUGUGCA